GUGACAUGGUCGUUAUAAUUUAGUAGGUCGUGGGCACAGCACAGUCACAGCGUCACAGCACAGCCUUUUGGCCUUUUGUAGCGGAGCGCCGGAGCUUUGACGCAGACGACGGCUAGCUACGGCUCCAUCCAAAGCAAACCGACGCAGACUCACAUGCGCAGUCGUGUGUGCCUGUGGCGCGUCUUCAAAAGUGCCCUUUCAUUUCGACCAAGUGACCAAAGCCUUUGCUGUACUAAUGCAAUAUCAGUAAUGUGUGGAAGGACAGCAUGCAACCUGAGUCCCGGUGCCCUUCAAAGCGCCUGUUGCUACAGAGGACCCUCUGGAAGUACUAUCACUCCUCAGUGGGCAGAUGUAAACAAAACAGCUUCUUACCGAGCUUCAUAUAACAUUGCACCUAAAGCAUACAACCCAGUCUUGCUGAAUGGUUGUCACCUGAAGGGUUCAGCAUGCUCUGGACGAGUGCUUGCCCCUCUCCACUGGGGACUGGUUCCUUCCUGGUUUAAAGGAGAUCCACGGACAUUUCGGGCAAAUACGAUUAAUUGUCGCUUGGAGGAAUGCUCGGAGAAGUGCACCUACCGAACUGCCAUUGAGAAGAACCAGCGCUGUGUCGUCCUUGCAGAGGGGUUUUUUGAAUGGGCUACAGAGAGCACUGGUACUCGACAGCCCUAUUUUGUGUACUUUGAACAACCAGAAUGGAUAUCGAUGUCUGACCGCUUCUGGGACAGCCCUGAAGAUCCUGAGAAACUUAUGAAAGAUGAAAAGUGGCUAGGUCCACGGCUCUUAACGAUGGCUGGAUUGUAUGACAUUUCUGCCUUGCAGGAUGACUUUUUAAGUUACACUGUGCUGACAAUGGCUGCACCAAAACGGAUGGAGUGGUUGCACAGCAGAGUCCCUGUCAUUCUCGACGGCGAUGAUGCAGUCUCACAGUGGUUGGAUCCAUCACUUUCAUUCAAAAAUGUGACUGCAUCUUUGGUUUUCCCGGAGAACAUCCUUUGGCAUCCUGUAUCCAAGGAAGUGGGGAAUGUAAUGAACAACACAGUUGACUGUGUUCUUCCACUUAAGAACAGGAAGCUGACGGCAAGAAAACCAACCAUGAUGGACACCUGGCUGAAACGUUCUGUGUUGUCCACUGCCAAGAAAAGUGGUCAAAUUGUCCAAGAGGUACCCAGCCAUACACUGACAAAGUGCACAGGGAGCAUUUCAACUGCACUUCAGAAACCAGUGUCUGCACAAACACAACACUCUGGAUCUGAUGGAUCUUCAGAUGCACGUGCUGCAAAGGCUCCAAAGUUAGAGCCAUCAAACGUACCGACAAAUUAAUAUUUGUGCUGGAGACUUGUAGAGAAGUUUUAGCUUCUGCAUGUGCAUAAUGGUAUGCGUGUGAGUCUGUCGUCCAUUUGCUUGAACCAUUGCCCAACCUGGUUUCCACACAUAGUAUACUUGGAAAAUACAUGACUGCUUUGUGUUGA